GCUACAGCAGACUCCCUGCUAGGAGUCCUGGAUUUUCCUGGUUCCUGCGCCUGCAGACAAGCCCCUAGGGGGACUGGCUUUGCGGAGGGAACCUUGGGUCUCCCUCCCGACAGGUCAGGUGCUGGGGGGCCCUCCUUGGCUAGGGAGGCCACUUCCAAAGCGAGGGCACCCCAGGGAGAUGCCAGCAGCCAGGAUGUCCAUGCAGAGCAUCCACCCCCUGAAACCUGAGGCCCCACACCUGCCAUCUGGGAUCCCAGAGUCCCCAAGCUGCCAGCGGCGCCACACGCUCCCGGCCAGCGAGUUUCGCUGCCUCACCCCAGAGGAUGCCAUCAGCGUGUUUGAGAUUGAGCGUGAAGCCUUCAUCUCUGUCUCGGGCAUCUGCCCCCUGUACCUGGAUGAGAUUCGGCACUUCCUGACCCUGUGUCCAGAGCUGUCCUUGGGCUGGUUCGAGGAGGGCCGUCUUGUGGCCUUCAUCAUUGGCUCACUCUGGGACAAGGAGAGACUCACUCAGGAGUCGCUGAUGCUGCACAGACCCGGGGGCCACACGGCCCACCUGCACGUGUUGGCGGUGCACCGCACCUUCCGGCAGCAGGGCAAGGGCCCCAUUCUGCUGUGGCGCUACCUGCACCACCUGGGUGGCCAGCCGGCCGUGCGCCGGGCCGUGCUCAUGUGUGAGGAUGCACUGGUACCUUUCUACGAGAGGUUUGGCUUCCGUGCUAUGGGCCCGUGCGCCGUCGCCGUGGGCUCCCUCACCUUCACCGAGCUCCAGUGCUCCCUGCGGGGCCAUGCUUUCCUGCGCAGGAACAGUGGCUGCUGAACCGGGCAGCCCACCUGGCUGC